AUGGAUAAGAACAUAGUUGGCGCCCAAAAUUUCUCGAGGGAAGAACAUUCCGAUGUGCAAGGUCACCUAUUGCCCAUAGCAAAUGUUGGAAGAAUCAUGAAGCAAGCUUUACCACCAAAUGCUAAGAUAUCCCAAAGAGCCAAAGAAACUAUGCAAGAGUGUGCGUCGGAAUUUAUCAACUUCAUCACUGGGGAAGCAUCUGAUCGGUGCCUCAAGGAGAAGCGCAAAACAAUCAACGGAGAGGAUAUUUGUUAUGCUAUGAAGGCACUAGGACUUGAUGAAUAUGCCGAUGUAAUUUCAAGGUACUUGCAUAAGUAUAGGGCGAGUGAAGAGAGAGCAACAUCUUUGAAGCAAAAAAAGGGCAUUCAAAUAGGUGUAAGAGAUGAAUUAUCCAAUUUUAGUAGUGAUCAAUCUGGCUCGACUGCAAGGCCACUUGCAAGAUCUCUAGACAUCAAUGAUCCUGCAAAGACUUCAAUGUUUCUCUAA